AUGUCCCUAUAUCAUCAUCAAUUCAUCACUCUUGUUUUUCUUUUCUACUUGCUUUUCUUCCAUUAUUCCUCUGCAAUACGCACUGCUUCCCGUAAAAAUGCUCAGUCGCCGGAGAUUCCAGCCGGCGCGGCGGCGGCCGGUGGCGUCUCCGCCCGUGGCCUGAACUUGGGGUGGGGGUGGGGGUGGGGCAGCACCCCUACUUCGGAAUCGGGAUGGGGCUGGGGCUGGGGGAGUAGCUCCGGCUGGGGGUGGGGGUGGAGCUCCGAAAACCGCAGCGGCGGCGGCGGCGGCGGCGACCCUUCCGGCUGA